GAGAGCUGCAGCUGCGUCCCGGUGUCUCAGUCCUGCACGGGCAGCGACGCCGAAAAAGGGAAAGGGUGGCGGUGGAGGGCGGGAGGAAACCAGAUUCCCGUUAAAUAGAUUUCUCCGCAGAUCCUGUGCCGUUAAGCCCUGUGAGCCCACACUUUUUUUAAAAAUGAAGAAAUUAAGGCUUAAGGAACUAGAGAGUCGCCUACAACAAGUGGAUGGAUUCGAAAAGCCCAAGCUACUUCUAGAACAGUAUCCCACCAGGCCGCACAUCGCAGCAUGUAUGCUUUAUACAAUCCACAACACAUAUGAUGAUAUUGAAAAUAAAGUGGUUGCAGAUCUAGGAUGUGGCUGUGGAGUGCUUAGCAUCGGAUCUGCAAUGUUAGGAGCAGGGUUGUGUGUUGGAUUUGAGAUAGAUGAAGAUGCACUGGAAAUAUUUAAUAGGAAUGUGGAAGAGUUUGAGUUAACAAAUGUUGACAUGGUUCAAUGUGAUGUGUGCUCAUUAUCUAACAGAAUGUCCAAGUCAUUUGAUACAGUAAUUAUGAAUCCUCCCUUUGGGACCAAAAAUAAUAAAGGGAAAGAUAUGGCUUUUCUAAAGACUGCUUUGGAAAUGGCAAGUACAGCAGUAUAUUCUUUACACAAAUCCUCAACUAGAGAAAGCUUCGAUAUGACCUGCCAGCAUCAUACAACUUUCAUAAAAAGAAAUCAGUGGACAUUGAAGUGGACCUAAUUCGGUUUUCAUUUUAAAGGCCUCCAAAAACAAAAGCAGCUUAAAACCUAAUGAAAAUUAAUUAAAAAAAGUGUUUGCUAAA